CCAGUGACGUGCAGCGAGGGCCAGCGAGUAUAAAGGGAGCUCGCCUCUCCGGUCAGAACUCAGAUCAACUCUUCUACCGAAGCUAAACUCUAGCUUUCACCACGAACGAAAGACAGAAAGAAAGACCGUGACCGGAGCCACUAGACGAAACCAGACAAGAGAUCAACUUGAUCAGAAGAGGUUUCUCGAGCUCAAACUCAAAGACGAAAGGAAGACCUCCUCAUCUUAAGACUUAAGGAAAAACUACAACCUAUUUCUACAAGGAAGAAAAGAUGUCUGCUGGAAUGAAGAAAAUUAUUUUGCUGCCUUUCCUGUGCAUCAUGCUCUCAUACCUGGCUGCAGGUCAGGAGUGCAGCGGCCAGUGCUCGUGCCCCUCCACUCCCCCUCAGUGCGCCCCGGGAGUGAGCCUGGUGCUGGACGGCUGCGGCUGCUGCAGGGUGUGCGCCAAACAGAUGGGGGAGCUGUGCACCGAGAAAGAUGUCUGUGACCCACACAAAGGCCUCAACUGCGACUUCGGAGCCCCCAUCAACAGACGCAUAGGAGUCUGCACAGCUCGAGAUGGCGCCACCUGUGUGUUCGGAGGAAUGGUGUACAAGAGCGGAGAGACUUUCCAGAGCAGCUGCAAGUACCAGUGUACCUGUCUGGAUGGAGCUGUAGGCUGCGUUCCUCUUUGCUCCAUGGACAUCCGACUGCCCAGCCCUGACUGCCCCAUGCCCAGACGGGUGAAGGUGCCAGGGAAGUGCUGCGAGGAGUGGGAGUGCGAUUCUCCCUACAGACACAGUAUCAUGGGCUCUGUUCUACCUUGUAAGUCAGUCUUCAUAAAGUAUUCUAUUAUUUCUGCUCAAAUGAGCUAUAAUCAGGAUGGUCUUUCUAAUCCAUGGUUUGCUCCUGUGUUUACAGCCUACAGAGUGGAGGAGACCUACGGCCCAGACCCCUCCUUGAUGAGGGAGAACUGCCUGGUUCAGACUACUGAAUGGAGCGCCUGCUCUAAGACCUGCGGCCUUGGCAUCUCCACCAGGGUCACCAACGACAACCACGAUUGCCGCCUUGAGAAACAGACCCGACUGUGCAUGGUGCGACCCUGCGAGUCACAGCUGGAGCAGAGCAUCAGGAAAGGGAAAAAAUGCAUCCGCACUCCCAGACUCUCCAAGCCCAUGAAGUUCGAGAUCUCCGGCUGCACCACCACCAAGUCCUACAGGCCAAAGUUCUGCGGUGUGUGUCUGGAUGGCCGCUGCUGCACCCCCCACAGGACCACCACCCUGCCCAUGGAGUUCAAAUGCCCCGAUGGGCAGGUCAUGAAGAAGCACAUGAUGUUCAUCAAGUCCUGCGCCUGCCACCACAACUGCCCUGGGGAGAACGACAUCUUCGAGUCCAUGUAUUACAAGAAGAUGAUGGGAGACAUGGCCUGAGCCAGUGAGGGACGAUCAGAGCUUAUGACUUGAAGAAAAAAACAAAACAGAACUCCAUCUCAUUUUGCAGCUCAGUAUAUAUGUUUUUGUCAUGUUUUAUUUUGUCAUUGUUAAAGUAGACCAGACACUUGUCUAAGUGCCUGUGUAUUCUAUGGCUGGAGCAUAUCGGCCA